GCUCGCCUCGACUUUAAUUCACUCGAUCUUAUUUUACAUGUUUUCAUCAAGAUACGAUCUGCGUUAUCAAUUUCGACAUCAUGUCUGAAGCGGAGCAGUGCAUCAUAUGCCUGGAUCCUCUGCCCCGACCCUCGGCUGCCCUCCAAGCUCCAGCUGCCCUCACUGUAGCUGCGAGUGAUGCUGCUGGUGGUGUUUCUGGCGGCGAGCCCGCAUCCGCACCCGAGUCCGCACCUGUUCCUACCACAACCUCCACAGCCUCAGAUGUUCUUGAGAAUGACUCCAAUUAUCUGAACAUAGUUGCGUCACUUGACGGGUGUAAUCACAUUAUUCAUGAUGCAUGUAUUCGUUCCUGGGCGCAAAAGACAAACACAUGUCCAAUUUGUCGUAAUCCCUUCCAUUCAGUUCGAGUGUACAACGGGGUCGAUGGUACCGCCAUUUCGAAAUACGAUGUCCAAGAUAAAAAACAGGUUGCUGAAUUCGAUGUAAGACAGUGGCUUGGCGAAAACCCCGAAGACGAAGAGGAGGAAGAGCAAGGCAACCCAUGUCCUAUUUGCAACUCUUCAGAGAGGGAGGAUGUUCUUCUCCUGUGCGACAGCUGCGAUGCGGCCUACCAUACGCAUUGUAUAGGUCUGGAUGCCAUUCCAGACGGUGAUUGGUAUUGUAUGGAGUGUUCUCACCUUUUUCAACUGGUGGAAGAGCCAAGGACCACUGAAUCUGGCGAACAAUCUCCUCGUCCAUCAUACGUGCGACGUCCGAACCCCCGAAACGUCCGUGGUUACCACGUACGAACUAGAGCACGAUUAAGGCGAGCCCGUCGACAAGCUCGAAAUGUUGAGUGGCAAGGCGCCUGGGGUCAGUUCUCCGGGCGAUUCUACGAGAUGAGCGACUUGGAUUUGGACAACCACGAUGAUGAGGAUGAGGAAUUAGAGCAAUACAGGAGAUUCCAGGAACUCGGGCGACGCGAACUCGAACGCUGGCAGCAAAGAAUGGACAUUGCCCGCCGUCUGGGCGCUCGUGACGUAUUUAUAAACAACAUACCUUCUGCUAUCAGCGAACGGCUUCAGUCAGCACCAGAGCCAGUACAAGAAACGGCUGACGAAAGACGAGCUUGGGGCGCAUUGGAACGUGCUCGCGAAACAGAUGAACCCAGCACCACUUCUCGCAAGCGCAAAGCACGGUCUGUGACUGCGUCUCCUCGCGAACCUGUUCAAGAACCCGAAAGGAAGCUCAAGCGCCCUCGAACACGUCGCUUGCCCACCCAGAAUGGUGAAGGUUCAAGCUCUGUAUCUUCUCCAGCGCCGGCUGGGCCCUCGUCAACACGAGCUGUCCCCAAUGGAUCCUCAUCCAGAAAUGGUACUGUCGACCAUAGCAGUAUCGACCCUCCCUUGGUUUCAUCACUACUGAAAGAACUCGAGCCCAGCAUCAUGUCUGAGGACGAAACAAUGACUACCAAUGGGUGGCGGCAUGCGCCAGAGGCUUCAUCCCCAGCCCUCUCACCGGCGAUAUCUCCGUCCCCAUCAAACUACAGUAGCCCACGGGCUCUUUCUCUUACCCCUCCUCCUAUGCCAAACUUCAACGGCCGACCAACUUCACCAACACUCUCGCUCAGCAGUACUAUUCAACCUCGUUACGCCCCCGCAAAUUAUUCACCUACUCGUUCAAAUCGUGACCACAGCGACUCAGAGACGCGUUCAACCAGACCCCAUGCAAACUAUUCCCCGACACAUACAAGCAAUGACCAGUCCGAUUCAGAGACACGCUCGGUGAAGGUCCCAGAGAGCCGACCGUUAGAACUACGACAACCACGGCCACGCCGUCCAUCUGAGGUACCAGCACAAAAAGAGGAGCAACCGUCAGCAGACUCCAAUAUCACCCAGGAAGAUAAGAUCAGCAUAAAUGAGAUUGUCAAGGGCGCAUUACGACCACAUUGGCGGUCUAGAAAACUAACAACGGAACAAUACUCGGUUAUCAACAGAGAUAUUUCAAGAAAGCUUUAUGACGAGGUGAAAGGUGCGGCAUCAUUGAGCGAUGAAGCCCGACGGCAAUGGGAAAACAGAGCAACUAAGGAGGUUGCUCAAGCAGUUGCAGAAUUGUCUGCUUAGCUUAAUGAU